AGAUAAUACCAUCAAACAGAUAAUGCCCAAAAACGCCGUGUAUGAGCUAUAAAUAGAACAAAAAAAAAGUGAAAACUGAAAAAAUAAAUCCGAACAGGCAACAUCACCAGCCAAAAAUGCUAAUCAAACCCGCAAAAAUCCACGAUACCUCCGCUGUUGCCAUCACGGGCGUCCCGGGAUUCCGCACCAGCGCCUGGCCCAUCGCCGAUAAACCGAGCGAUACCCUGAGAUAAGCUUAUCGCCCUUAGAGAUAAGGGAAGAUCCGAGUAUGCGGUUCGGUGAGCGUGAAGCUACGUGUAGUCUAAGACACUCUCCCAGCCGAUGGAGGAUUGCCCCCAAACCCGCACGAUUACAAGGGAACUACAGUACGUUAAUUUGUUGUGCCCGGUACGAUGGUCAGGAUGUUCGUUGUGCUGACCGGGAGUGAAGUGAAUUUAGUGUUAUCGGAAGUUUGUUGAAAAGAAAAUUAAGUGUUCGUUAAACCUUUCGAUUCAUCUUCAAGUACUUCUCGACCGUCGCUGCGUGUAAGGCCCCGCGAGAUGGAGCCGGUGCAGGGAUUCAGUCGGCUGAGGGUCACGGACUCGCCCCAGGAAGCCAGCCAGCAGCAGCAGUCCCUUCAGCAGGACUUCUUCUCCCAGGGGGAUGUGUUCCUCCCCGAGGGCGUCCGGCGACCUCCUCCCCCGCGGUACCCCUCCCCCGGGGGCAGGGACGGGCGGCCGGGGGUGCACUUCAACCUGGGCUACGAGGAGGACCCCAGCCAGGGCUUCCGGAAGGUGCGGCCGCCGCCCCUCUACCACGAGGCGGUGGAGACGCAGCAGAGGACCAGCGUCUACGGGGCGGAGGGCAACCUGCAGAAGUACGCCUCCGAGACCUCGCUCCUGGCCACGCAGCUGACGCAGAAGGAGGGCUACCAGGAGUACGAGGGGUACUACCGCGGGCGGUCCCAGUCCAACGUCGCCUACGUGAGCCGCCCCGUCAACAUCCCCUCCCGGACGAAGAGGGCGGACGACGCGCAGGACUCCUCCAUGAAGACGCCCUCCUCCUUCCGGCACCUGAACUCGGCGAUGCGGGACCAGGAGCGCGGCAAGCCCAUGGCCGCGUCGCCGCAGGUCGAGGCCAAGUUCGCGCACCAGAAGCCCCACAUGGUUCCUCGGAGGCUGAGGCAGUCGGAGGAGGGCGCCUCGCAGGGCGGGGCCUCCCAGGCGACGCUGCCGAUCCCGAUCACGAAUGACUUCCGUUCCAAGAGUCCCAGCCUGGACUGCUACCUGAACCAGAGCGACCUGGACAUGACAUUCCACCGGUCAUUCGCCUCGAAGGGCCCCGGCGCGUCCGAGGCCGUCGCCACCUCCGCCGCCGGCAAGGCGUUCGCGGCCAAGAGCCCCAGCGUGGACACCUUCCUGGACCGCAUCGACUUCCGCCAAAGCAACUUCCUUCGGGUCAACAACGUGAAGCACUUCCGCAGCAAAAGUCCGAGCUUAGACGCUGGCGUCUUUCUCGAGGCAGUGAGGGGGGGGAACUACCUGGAGCAACAGGCGGGGAAAAACUUGUUCGCCCGCCCGCACGCGAGCCUCACCGUCCCCGAGGGCAAGGUGGAGCUGACCAACCAGCAGGUGGAGGUUGGCCGGGUCGCGGAAAACUCGCUGGCCAUCCCCCCGGGGAGCCUGGAGCGCAGGCCGAGCGCCCAGAGCCUUCCGGACCUCUCCGGCCCCGCGCUGGACGACCUCUGCCCCGUCCCCGGUCCGUCGCACGGCUUCGACGCCGCGGAUUACUCCCAGGUGUCCUUCACGGCGUCGCACCACGAGCAGCCGGUCCGACAGCCACCGAGAGACACCUUCGCGCCCUCCGAGCUUAACAAAACUUCCCACGACGUCCCAGUGACGUCAGCGCAGGAAAUGAACAACCUCCGAGCCCGCGUCAACCUCAGGACGUCUCCCAACCGCGACAUCCCGCGCUGCAAGAGCAAGCAGGGGUCCCCGGUCCCCCGGAGGUACUCCUGCCACCCCGGGGGCGAUGGGGACGUGGGCAAGAGACCCAUGCUGCCGGGGCUAGAGCAGGUUCUCGCGCCCCUCGACACGCAGCCGGUCCCUGGCAGCUCAAACCUCAUCAUCGGUCGACUUAAUCAGAAUACAGGCGAUCGCACGAUGCAUCUCGAGGACUACACCAGCAGCCACGCUGGCUCCCCCGAGCCCCUCAUACCCUCACAGCUGACCUCCUGCGACCUGGGCGGCCUCAUCAGUCCUCUCGGCGAAUCUCCUCUGUCGGGGUCGCCCCUGGGCCCCCCGGCGGCGUUCUCGCCCCCGACCAUCAGCGUGGAGGCGCCGCAGGAGUCGGCCGCCGGAAACUCGACGUCCCUGCUGUCGACGGCCAUCACGGGCGCCCUCGGCGAGCUGCACGGAGACCUCUACCUGGCAGGGGACGAGUGGCCGCCCUCCCUGGAGAACCUGCUGACGGCGCUGCCCAGCAGCUCGUCCCUCCCUGAGCUGGUCGUGACGGACCCUCGGCCCACAGAAGCCUCCAUGUUCUCCUCGCCCAUGCCGCCGCAGCAGCCCUCCUCGGGGCUCCUGGACCUGCCACAGAACGAAGGCCUCGACCUGUACCUGGGCGGCACCAGGUGCUCGGCGUCCCCCAUGAGCGUCUCCCCGGGCGGCUCGUCGCUGCCCUCGCCCUUCACCUCCGCGCGCGGCUCCUUCAGCUCCACGCGGCGCAACAAGCGGCCCUACUCCUCCUCGCCCAUGAACGUGGACGGCCUCGACCUCAACGCCAUCAUCCGCUCGUCGCCCACCUGCCUCAACGCCGGCUCGCCGACGCCCACCACGCAGGCGCCGCCGCUCUCCUUCUCGCCCACGGGCGGCAGCUACGGCCACAUCCUCCCGCGCCCGGAGGCCAACAACAACCAGCCGCCGCGCCCCAACCUGACCUUCCAGGCCCUCCUCGGGGACGAGGAGGUCCUCAAGGCCAACAACAACAACAACCACAUCAACGCCUUCCACGCGCAGAAGGUGGAGCUCAAGUGCGAGCCCGACGAGCAGCAGGGCUCGCCGCAGCACCACGACCACCAGCACCAGGACGGCGAGGAGGGCCGCCCCGGCAGCCCCGGCGAGGAGGACGGCCCCAGGUUCUGCCGCUGGGUGGACUGCAACGUGUACUUCCCUUCGCGCGAGAGCCUGUCGCGGCACAUCGAGAAGGCGCACAUCGACCAGCGCAAGGGCGACGACUUCACCUGCUUCUGGGCGGCCUGCCAGCGGCGCUACAGGCCCUUCAACGCGCGAUACAAGCUGCUCAUCCACAUGCGCGUCCACUCCGGCGAGAAGCCCAACAAGUGCACGUUCAAGGGAUGCACCAAGGCGUUUUCGCGGCUGGAGAACCUCAAGAUCCACCUCAGAAGCCAUACAGGAGAAAGGCCCUAUAUUUGCGGCUAUCCUCACUGCAUGAAAGCCUUCUCGAACUCCUCAGAUCGCGCCAAACACCAGCGGACCCACGUGGAUGCUAAGCCGUACGUGUGCUCCGUCCCCGGCUGCAAGAAGCGCUACACGGACCCUUCCUCCCUCAGAAAACACGUCAAGAACCACUCGGCGAAGGAGCAGGCGCUGGCGAAGAGAAAGAUGCGUUCCGGCGACGACGACUACCGGGGGUCCUCGCCAGGCUGCAUCAUGCCCGGGAUGGCGCUGGACUCGGACGCGCCCCUCAUGGAGCACGACGCCUUCCAGCACAGCGACAGUGUCGUCCCCGAGUGCGGGUCCCAAGGAUGUGGUGCGCUUCAGUCUCCGGUGCCACGUGCUCUCCCGCAGGCCCUCGGGGGAGAGCUCCCAGAUGGCACUCGGAUUGCCGGAGACUUUAGUGCCCGAGUUCUCCCAGGAGGACCUCGACGCGUGGGUCAGCAUCUUCUGAGCUACCCGCAGCAGCAGCAGCAGGCGGAGAUGGUGGGCGGCGACAUGGUCAUGUACGGACGAGAGCCUCAGCUUCCGCAGCAGAUGCAGGGCAAGAUCGUGGUGGCCGGGGAGGCGCCGCAGAUGAUGUACGGGCAGCACUCGCCGCCGCCGACGCAGCAGCAGCAGAUGCUCCAGGGGACCGAGGGCUCGCAGCACGUGUACGACUCCCCCCCGCCCCCCUACUGCCAGGCCUACCCCGUCUCCCAGGGCGCCACCGCCUCCCCCAGCCUCCCCCACUAUUCCAUGAUCACGUCCCCCGCCGCCCUUCCCUCCUACCAGCCGCCCAUUUACACGCACCAGCAGCCUGCGUUGCAUCUCAAUCAACAGCUCUCUCCGUAUUCGACGCAACAGGGGACUUGAACCACGAGUCCCGCCUCGGUGUCGAUGCUCUGCCGGCGGGGUAACUCUGAAACAGUUAUCUUGCUGCCCUCAGAACCGGGAGAAACGAGGCCAAGGGUCGAAUCCGCUUACCCAUGACAUUCGCGACUGCUCUUCGGCCCAAUAAACUCUGCCAGCGGAAGGGAAAAGCGUCUGGAUGUUUUGUUUACUGGCGCGCCUCGCACACGUGAUGCCUUAGACCUAGACCAUCGAUUUGGGGGGGUAAAUUAUUACCUUUUUGUACACAAAUGACGUGAAAUGACAGUUGGGUUACGCUACUUAAAGUAACACAGUAUUUUUCUUCUUUUUUUGUCUCUUUCCCAUUGAUAUUUUAGUCGCCAGACACUCAAAACACUCGAAGUAAAACUCGUAACAGCGAGUCCUUUGCCUUGGGUCUUGUCUAAGGAACGUGGUGCUACUCUGAUGUGUUUUUUUUUUUUUUUUUUAUUGUUUAUUCAAUUCUCAACGACGGCAACUUGUGGUUGUAAAUGCAGCGUUUGUGAGAUAAUCAUUAUCGAAUUAUUAGCACAUGCAGUGACUUCGGUUGGGUCUUCAGCCAAAGAAAUUUCAAGUGGUUUUCUAAAUCCCGAAAUAAAUAUUAGCUGAUUUGAAUUAGUAUGUGUGUGCGUAUGUGUGUGUGACGUAAAUAAAUAAUGUGCCCAACAAAUAACUAAAAUGGAGCAGCAGGAUUUAUAUACAAGCCACUUGAAGUCAAUCUGAAGAGUAGAUAAUUGGCGGCUCUAUUCUCUGCUGACUUCCUGACGCGCAAAUAGAAAUAUUGGUCGCCUUUUUGUCAUAAUUACAAAACGACAAAAAUAAAUGCAAGGUUUCUGUACUUAAGUAAGAGAAAAAAAAAUGUCUUCCACAGCGGUGCUAUGUGCAAUAGUUUAGAAUAUUUCCUAUUUUAGACGAAAAUCUAUUCAUUUUCAGGUCGCUUAUCCAGCCAAAACUUGCCUUUUAUGUCUUUUUUUUUAUAUAAAUCAGCGUUAUAGGAAUCGUGACAGACCACUCUCAAAGUAGACAGCUUUUCUUGUCACAAAGGUUUGGUUUUGGGCCCAAUUUGGGAACAUGCAACGACACAGGGAAGGGAAGUGUGGCUUAGCGAAGGCAAACCACGUUUGUUGUGAAUGCUGAAGAGUAUGGUGGACAUACAACUGACAUUAACACGUCACAUACUUUUUUCUCGAUAUUUUUUUUGUGUGUGUGACGGGAAGGAUAUACACAGGUGCAAUAUUGUGCAGUUUUCCCCUUUUAAUAAACUACGAUUUGCCUUUGCUAAGACACUUUCCCCUCUUGUGCUCUCAGAUAGUCAAUGUUUAGUAUUAUUCUUCUAAUGUGUACAUAGAGUACAAAUGUUCUUUUUUGUGUAAACAUCAUGUAUAUGUUUAGUGUUUAAGUAUUAUGAUUACAAGAUUAUUUAUUAUUUAUAUAAUGUGCCGUGAUACAUUAAGGGGUCAGAAGUGUAAAGGUUGUUGUAUUUAUGUUCUGUGAAAGUCUUUGUUGUCUUGAAACUCACAGAAAACAAUAAGAAAUAUAUAAAUGGAACCAAUAAGCUCUCACACGCUUAAAGAAUGUCUAUCAUUACGUAUCUAUUUACGUACUUUUCCGGCUUUAUCAUCGCUAUCCCUUCGUCUCCAUAUUUUUCUUGAUUUUUCCCGCCUUUUCUUCUCUUCGUCAUACAAGGUUCCAAAAAACUCAUCAGUGCUUUCAUUAGGAUUAGAAUUUUUUGUUCAACUCAUUCAUUACGUGGCCAGUGACUUUUAGAUUAUUUUUGUAAAUGUGGUGAUGUUUGUUGUAAUAGAUAGGCUUUUUGUGAUAAUGAAUUAAACAGUUGGAUUAAUA